AUGAAGCUCUCCACCACAAUCAUCCCAACUCUCGCCCUCCUCCUCCAACCAACCCAAGCCCUAGUCGGGAUCACCUGGAGCGUAAGCAACAGCAGCAAAACCCUCCAGGAGAUAACCUUCCCAAUGAACAUAGCGAACACAAGCCACGAAAGCGGCUUCUACUUCGCCCAACAAUACAGCUUCAAGAACCAAAAAGACGUAGGCUACACAGGCCUCCAACCGCGUCCCGACACGAACUCCAAACCCAAACUUCACGCUGCCUUCUCCAGCUUCAUAGCUGGAACAACCUCAACAGAUCCAAACUGCAGCGAUGGCGCAGACGGUGGUGCAGGCGUAAGCUGUGCAAUCGACAUCGAGGGCUCGUAUGCACACACUUAUCUGCUACUUGUGAAUAAUACAGCCGGCACGACGUGGACAGGCACAUUGAUUGAUGCUGUUAGCGGGAAUGAGACUCGCGUUGGCUCUUAUACGCUUCCUGAGGGGUCUGGCGGUAUUGAGGGGGAUCAAAUGGGUUUCGUGGAGUAUUAUCCUUGGAAUGCUGCUGGAGGGCAUUCUUGUAAGGAUUUACCUAGGAGUGCGGUUACUUUUGGGAAGCCGGUUUCUCCUGGAAGGGUUGGGGCUUUGAAGGAUGCUUAUGAGUAUGGGGAUUGUGUUGGGCAGGUUGGGUUUGAGACGCAUCGGACUUUGAGGGGGGUUGAGGUUUCUGUUGGUUUUUGA